UCUAAAUGAGCUAAGGUGAAGGAUCACAAAGUUAAAACUGAUUUAUUUCUUGGUUCCUCGAGAUUUAUCGACGAGUCAUGAUCACACAUCUUGACGUUACCGCGAGUAGCGAGCAGUCCAAGGCGUCCAAACCUCGCCAAAAACUCGGCCCCGGGUCUGACGGGUCGGCCACAAGCUUGGAGAAGAUGUCUUGGGUGACGUAUGGGAGUCCCCUGUGGCGUAAGGACAAGGUACCCACCGCCAUCAAACCACUUCCGGCCAUCAACGUCCAAAAAAAGCUUGAAAAGGGAUUUGUAAAUGACGCUGUUAGUACGUUUAUGUACCACUCGUCACGGAAACGCCCGAUCAUUCCUCCGUACAAUGCCGAACACGAUAAGUACGCGCAGGCGUAUUUCCAGUCUCCUAUCGCCAAAGCCGUCCUGGAGCGAUCCAUGGAACGAGUGCUGGUUGUCAAGUCAAGAGGCUCUAGCCGGGAGAGUGAGGAUGCCGAGGCUCAAAGACUGAACAAAAUCAACAAGCUGAGUUUUAGGAGGCGUGCUAAGGAAUCACCAUCAGUGGAAAGAAUUCGGGAACGAGAACGAGAGUUCCGUAACGACGCAAUUAUCACAGAAAAGCUGAGGACGAAAUAUAAAGACAUUAUCCCUAAAUACGACGCUGCGUUGGAUAAAAACUGCAAUGGUUACUUCCGGCGACCAGAUAUUCAAAGACUUAUCAACGUCACGUGCUACAAAAAGUGACGACAUCGAGAAAGUUUUUUUUUUCAAAAAUGUUGUUAAGAUUGCUUUCAAGGAUAGUGUCGGACCAGAAACAAAAAGAAGAUAUCUCAAAAAUAUAUCUAGAAUCAUCAUUUACGCGUUAAAGUUACAUCCUUUUUACUUUCAUUUUGUGAAUCUGCAGAAACUCGAACUAUCGUAAAACAACCUAUACCGUAUAACACCUAAUUACCGUUAGUGACUGGUUUCUCAUUUACCUGUGAUAAUGAAAAACAUACAUUAGGAUAAUAUGUGUUAAAUUUUGCAAAUAUUCUAAGAUUGUUUUUAUUAUUAUUUUGUAUUUAUU